AUGCCUCCUUGCUCAGUGCCUCUCUGGCUGGUAGCCAUACCCUGUUGGCCAUCAUGCACCCUCUCUUAUGGCGACACAUUUUCAUCUCUUACUGUAAAAGACUGCUAUGCCGAUGAUGUUGACUUUGGCAAUUUCAGUUAUGACGAAGAAGAGGACAAUGCCUUCCCUGUCAUUGCACCACAAUUUCGUCAUCUCGGCCUCAAGAUAUGGUACAGUAUUCCUCGACUAGAAGUCUUGGAAAUGGAAGCCGGAGACGGAAGGGCUUGGUAUGUGGACGAAAGAAAGGGAGGAGGCAAGUGGGGAGAGAAUAUCGUUUAUUUUUUCGAAACCAAUGCAUUACACAACCUCACGGAGCUCGGUUUGAACCUUAAGUAUGAACCGGAACUGUUCGGCAAACUACUUGCUUCAGCAGGAAUCGCGUCGUCUCUCCUCCAGCGACUCUACAUUGGCACAUCUAGGCCAUGGGAUAGGAGAGAGGACUUUGAGGCCGCAUUUCCAAGAGCUGGAAAUGAUGGCGGUCGUUCCCCUGUAAGGUUUCGUUCUUUUGAUGCGCUGCGAGAGCUUUAUCUGCCGUGUGAUGGAAUCAGUUUUGAGCAGCUGGCUAUCUAG